AUGUACAAACAAGCGCUGCCUAUCUUUUCGUGUACGUGUGCCCGCCAAGCACCGGUUGUUUUGGGGUGCAACGCAGCGUGUAUUCGCUGUGGAGGGCAGACCGUGCACCGCUCGAACCACGCGGCCUUGUUGCGUAAGAACUUGAAGACGCAGAGAGCAAAGGAGCUCGAAGUGGUGGAGACUUCUAGUCCGCACCCCUCACAGGUGAUGGUGCGGAAAGGGACAGUAAAGGAGGAGAGCCUGCGGCAGGAGCUCCUGGACGACCCGGAGGUCGAUCCGCCGGAGGUGGGGGGGGGGAGGCUGGACUGGCGGCGGGAUGGGGCGCAUUCCAGACAGUCGUCGCUGAGGGUGCUCGUCCCGACAGCAGCCAGCGUGUUCAAGUGGGACCAAGGCGGCGCCCUGAUCGAGGGCAUCGACGAAGCGACCAUCGGCCUUCUCGAUGAGCACCGGCUGUCCAUCAAGACUCUGGGGGAGCGGUACUGCACCGACCUUAACUCCGAGCGGCCAGAGCACAGCGGCGGGGUGAACCCAGAGCGAGCGACGCAGGUGUUGAGCAUGAUCGGACCUAACGAGCUCACGCCGCCGCCUACGGAGCCCGCGUGGAAGCUCUUCCUCAAGGAGCUGCUGGCGCCGCUCA